UGACCUUUUGUGUGCCUGACAUUAUCACACGGUGACUUGAUUAUAGCUCUCACAUUUUCACUUCUGCCACAUAUGGAUUGAAGUGAAAUAUGUCAAAGAAACACAGACUCUGAAUCUCAAGGAUGUUACUGCAAUAUGCACCAGUUCUUGAAUCCUGAAUUCCAUUUUCUUUUCUAAGGAUAAUUAUAUUCUUGAAUGCUAGCAUGCUAUGUAUUAAGAAUUCUCAGUAUUUCAACUGUUUAUCAUCAGGCUGCCAAAUCUGUUUACUCAACUGUCUUCAAUGGUGUAAAAACACAUACUCAGAAUGGGAAAUAUGUUCUAGGUUUUCACAAGCCGUAGUUUAGUGUGGUCGUGUUUCAGUAGUCAGAAUUUCAUGUUUGACAAACUGAUAAAAUCUAUUAGCUCAGCUGUCGUAGCACGUCAAAUAUAGAUUUUCUAAUAAAGCUACUGCAGUAUUAUCUUCCACUUCUAUUUCUAACAAAAGUCCACUUAUUUUAGCCCCAGAAGAGACAGCAGCAGAGGGUGAGGGACAUCGAUUUUGCUUUUCUUUAUCCCUUUUCUGUGACUUUGAGUGAUCCAGUGCAUUUACACAGUGUUUACUUGUGACAUGGAGUGGGUCUGAGCUAAACUGAGUGUUGAACAAAAAUGCAUUGAAACCAAUCAGUCAGGGUAAUUAUCUGAAUAAUGCAUACCAAGUGGUAUUGCUAUAGAUAAUAAGUAAAGCAAUUACUGAGUCAAGAAGAUAGGCCUAUAAGUGAAUCACAUCAUAUGAGACAACAUAAAGCUGCUGAAGGGGGAUAAUGCAAUUAGUAUGCCACUUUGAUUGAGUGUUUGCAUUUCAUAGCUAGCCUACAGCAUGUGUCACGUGUUAGCUGAAACCACAUCUCCAACAUGUGGUAACAGAUUUAAUUUCUUCAAUGUACUGUUGCAAUGAAGUGUCAAAACUGAGUGAAAUGAUGUUACACAUGCAUGUAUUUAUUGUGGCUCAUCAGAUGUCAUCUGUUUUGUUGACUGUUCUCAUGGGAAUGAAUGUUUUUGUUUCCUUAAAGUGAUUUAGAGGUUUUAACAUGCUGGACCUUUGAAUUGUGGAGUGAUGAUCCAUGUGUAUGCAGACGAGACAUUCUGUGUUGAUUUUAUUGUUCACCAAGUGACUGCAACUGGAUGCAUUUUAUAUGUCUGUUAACUCAGUGACCGUUGGGUCACAUUUUACUGCAGGCAUGUGGAAUGUGAGACGUCUUCAGGAGUUCCUUGUCUUUGAGUUUUGGUUGAGUUGUGUGGUUUUGGUGUUCCUCCUGAUAAUACAAGUUCUGAUGACCUGAUUUCAAACACUUAACCCUGAUCUUUUAUUCCAAAGCUACACAACAGCCAGCACAAGAUGGUAGGCCCCUCUACUGUCCGCAAUUAUUACAUACUUUAAAUCAACUUUUCCUCAGCUACCUCAAUUAUAAGUGGAUAACGUGAAUAGUUACAGUAAAUAUCAGAAUCCAAGCUAAUUUUCAUUCAUUUUUCUCAGAUGCACCCCCAGCAGAUGGAGGUAAGACAGAGUCCUGGACGUUGAAGUUGUGGGUGCAUUUUCGGAUAUGACUUUGCACUUUUGGUUGAGUUUUCCCGAGGUGUUUGAUCUUUUUGUUCUUUGAAGUAUAAACUGUAGAUAGAAAUAAACGUAACAAUUUUUUUUUUAUUUGCACAGCUGAACCGCAGCCAGCACAAGAUGGUAGGCUCCUCUUAGCGUCAGUAGAUAUUACAUACUUUUUAUAUAACUAGAUAAAGUGAAUACCCACAGUAGAUACUGAAGCCAAAACUAAUUCUCAUACAUUUUCCUUAGAUGCAUCUCCUGCAGCCGGAGGUAAGACAGAGUCCGAGACAUUCAAAUAGUGGGUGCGUUUUCAGAAUGUCUUUGGAAUUUUGGUUGAGUUUUUCUGGAAACGCUUGUGACAUUCCCAGCCUGAUUUUUUUUCUGGAGAUUUAAAAUGAGUUUUUUGUAUUUGUAAACAUAAAUCCCAGCCAGCAUGAGCUGGUAAGUCCCUCCUCGUGUCACUAAAUAUUACACAUUUUCUCUGACUGUAUGACUUAAAAUAGUUGAAAUAUUAACUUAAUAUCAGAACCUAAGCUAAUUUCUAUUCAUUUUCUUAGAUGCACCCCCAGCACAAGAAGGUAAGACAGUCUCCUGUUCAAUAAGGUUGAGGGUGCACUUUAAAAAAAUCUUUGCACUUUGGUCGAGUUUUUCCUGAGAUGGUUGGUCUUUGUGACAUUCCAAAAUAUAGUGUUCUGAAGAUUUGUUUUAAUGACCUUACUACAUUUUUUUUGAUUUGCGCAGCUGAACCGCAGCCAGCACAAGAUGGUAGGCUCCUCUUAGUGUCAGUAGAUAUUACAAAUGUUAUAUGAAUGGAUAAAGUGAAUACCCACAGUAGAUCUUGAAGCCAAAACUAAUUAUCAUACAUUUUCCUUAGAUGCACCUCCUGCAGCCGUAGGUAAGACAGAGUCCUAGACAUUCAAAUAGUGGGUGCUACUAUCUUUAAACAUUUUUCUUUAGCAUCUCAGCUACCAUUGCUCACUAAAUAUAGUUUUAGAAAUUACAGUCAAUAUCAGAGCCUAAGCUUAUUCUCAUUCAUCUUCCUUAGAUGUACCUCCAGCAGAGGGAGGUAAGACAGAUUCCCGGAUGUUGAAGUUGUGGGUGCAUUUUUAAAAAUGUCUUUGCACUUUUGGAUGAGUUUUCUGUUGUUGUUCUGUUGUGGGUUUUUUUAUGUUUGAUCUCGAAGUAAAUGUGACGACCUAAUUUCCAACACUUUUUCAAAAAUGUCUUUGCAUUUUGGUUGGGUUUUUCUGGAGAUGUUGGUUUUUGUGUUUCUUCCAGUAAGUGUUCAGAUGACCUGAUUUCAAACACCUAACCAUGAUUUUUUAUUUGCCCAGCUACACCGCAGCCAGCACCAGAUGGUAGGCUUCUAUUAGCGUCAGCAAAUUAUUCACAUUUUUUUACCCACUUUUUCCUCAGCUUCCUCAAGUAUGACUUAAUUUAAUGUAAAAAUGACAGUCAAACUCUUUAACUCAUCAUUUAACUCAUUGUUCUCAGAUGCACCCCCUACAGAAGGAGAUGGACCCCCUGCAGACGGAGAUGCUGGGUCCUCCGAGCUCACUGGACUCUUUGUUGAGAAGCCCGCAGAAAAUGUGGUCGCUGUUGCAGGAAUGGAUAUCACUUUUGUCGCCAGGGUUGACUCAACCACCCUGACCAGAAAACCCACCAUGAAAUGGUUGAAGGGCAAGUGGAUGGACUUGGGCAGCAAGGCUGGAAAACACAUGCAGUUCAAAGAAACUUAUGACAGAAACACCAAGAUCUAUACUUAUGAAAUGAACAUCAUCAAAGUGGUCCCCGGAGAUGCUGGUGGCUACAGGUGUGAGGUGUCAGCGAAAGACAAGUGUGACAGCUCCACCUUUGAGAUCACUGUUGAGGCUGCGCAGCAGGAGAGUCAGGGGGAUAUUUUGUCUGCCUUCAAGAGAGCGGAUGGUGGAGAGGACGACGGAGAUCUGGAUUUCAGUGCUCUGCUUAAAGCCACCAAGAAGAAGAAGAAACCUGUAAAACAGGAACCGGAAAUUGACGUGUGGGAAUUGCUCAAGAAUGCCCAUCCCAGCGAAUAUGAGAAAAUUGCCUUUGAGUAUGGCAUCACCGACCUGAGGGGCAUGCUAAAACGUUUGAAGAAGAUGAAGGUUGUUGAGCCCAAGAUCAGCGAGGCUUUUUUGAAGAGACUUGAAUCCUGCUACUCUGUGGAGAAGGGGAAGAGGAUUGUCCUGAGGUGUGAGGUGGUUGAUCCUGACGUCCAGGUCAAAUGGUUGAAGAACGGCCAGGAGAUCAAGCCCUCAGCCAAGUAUCUCAUGGAGUCUGACGGGAAUAUCAGAACGCUCACCAUCAACAAGACAUCCCUGGCUGAUGAUGCUGCGUAUGAGUGUGUGGUUGGCGAUGACAAGUGUUUCACAGAGGUGUUUGUCAAAGAACCCCCUAUCACCAUCACCAAACUGAUGGAUGACUAUCACGUGGUGGUUGGAGAGAGAGUGGAGUUUGAGAUUGAGGUGUCGGAGGAGGGCGCCCACGUCAUGUGGUUCUUUGAAGAAACUGAGCUUCACAAAGAGAAAGACUCAAGGUAUCGAUUCAAGAAAGAUGGAAAGAAGCACAUGCUCAUUAUCCCCGAGGCUAUGCUGGAUGACAUUGGAAUGUACCAUGCUUGGACAAACGGGGGGCAUACCAAAGGAGAGCUUGAAGUGGAAGAAAAACAACUGGAGGUGCUGCAGGACAUUGCUGAUCUGACUGUCAGGGCCACAGAUCAGGCCGUGUUCAAGUGUGAGGUGUCUGAUGACAAGGUGACAGGAAAGUGGUUCAAAGAUGGAGUGGAGGUCCUGGCAAGCGAUCGUAUCAAAAUGACUCACAUCGGGAGGAUCCAUAAGCUAACUAUUAAUGAUGUGAAGCCGGAGGAUGCUGGAGACUACACGUUUGUUCCUGACGGAUACGCUCUGUCACUUUCUGCCAAACUCAACUUCUUGGAAAUCAAGAUCGACUAUGUGCCGAGACAAGAUCCCCCAAAGAUCCACUUGGACACCUCUGGAAACAUGGUGUCCCAAAACACCAUUAUUGUGGUGGCUGGCAACAAGCUGCGCCUGGAUGUGGAGAUCACAGGAGAGCCAGCCCCCACUGUGGUUUGGUCAAAGGGAGAUAAGGCGGUCACAGAAACUGAGGGACGUGUCAGAGUGGAGUCCAGGAAAGACCUCAGCUGCUUUGUCAUUGAGGGGGCAGAAAGGGACGAUGAGGGCAACUACACUAUUGUUGUCACCAAUCCUGCAGGAGAGGACAAGGCUGUGCUGUUUAUCAAGAUCGUGGACGUGCCUGACCCUCCUGAGCAAGUCAAAUGCACAGCAGUUGGAGAGGACUGUGCCACCAUCGUCUGGGAGCCUCCUAAGUUUGAUGGCGGCGCACCACUCAAAGGUUACCUCAUGGAGAGGAAGAAGAAAGGCUCCUCCAGAUGGACAAAACUCAACUUUGACGUUUAUGAGUCUUCUACAUAUGAGGCUAAGAGGAUGAUUGAAGGUGUCCUGUAUGAGAUGAGGGUGUUCGCCAUCAACAGCAUCGGCAUGUCUCAGCCAAGUGAAACGUCCAAGCCUUUCAUGCCCAUUGCCCCAACGAGCGAGCCAACACGUUUGUCGGUGCACGAUGUGACAGACAGCUCAUGCAGCCUGAAGUGGCUUGCUCCAGAGAAGAUCGGAGCUGGAGGCCUGGACGGCUACGUUAUUGAAUACUGCAAGGAAGGAGACACUGAGUGGGUGGCGGCGAACCAGGAGCUGUGUGAGAGGCAAGGAUAUGUGGUGCGCGGCCUGCCAGUGGGAGAGAAGAUCAACUUUAGGGUGGUGGCAGUAAAUUGCGCUGGACGCAGUCCUCCUGCGAUAAUGGCUCAGCCUGUCACCAUCAGGGAGAUCACGGAGCAUCCCAAGAUCCGCCUCCCUCGUGAGCUGAGAACAAAGUACAUCAGGAAAGUAGGAGAGAAGAUUAACCUGGUCAUCCCCUUCCAGGGUAAGCCUCGUCCUGUUGCAGAAUGGUACAAGGACGGUCAACCCAUCGACCCCAAGAUGGUCAACGUCCGUAACUCAAACGUCGACACUAUCCUCUUCAUCCGCGAAGCUGAGAGAGACCACUCUGGAAUGUAUGAGCUGCUGCUGAAGAUUGAGAACAUGGAGGACAGGGCUUCCAUUAACAUCAGGAUUAUCGAUAAACCUGGACCUCCUUUGAAUGUGAAAGUGACAGACGUCUGGGGCUUCAACGCAGCUCUGGAGUGGCAGCCCCCCAAGGAUGACGGCAACUGUGAGAUCUCUGGAUACACAGUCCAGAAGGCAGACAUGAAGACUAAGGAAUGGUUCACUGUUUAUGACCACAACAGACGGACAAACUGCACAGUGUCAGAUCUGAUCAUGGGCAACGAGUACAUGUUCCGUGUCUACAGCGAGAACCUCUGCGGCCUGAGCGAGGAGCCACGCUCUAGCAAGAACACGGCCGUCAUCUCCAAGACAGGUCUGGACCUCAAAAAAAACCCCUACAAGGAGCAGGACGUGUCCUGUAUGCCCAAGUUUACUCAGCCCCUGGUUGACAGAUCCGUUGUGGCUGGUUACAGCAUGGCCAUCAGCUGCGCCGUCAAGGGCUUCCCCAGGCCAAAGAUUACCUGGAUGAAGAACAGGAUGAUCAUCGGUGAGGAUCCUAAAUACUUGAUGCAGAACAACCAGGGAGUGCUCACCCUCAACAUUCGCAAGCCAAGCGCCUUUGACGGAGGCAAAUACUCCUGUCUGGCCGUCAACGACCUGGGCCGGGAUGAGGUGGAGUGCAAGCUGGACAUUAGAGUUGCAACAGACCCCGAAAAGAAGUGAGAACACCGAACAGCAAAGAAUGUGAAAUGAUAUGAACCAAACAGUGAAUGUCAGUAUGUAGAACACACACUGUCUUGAGUGAAUUCAAUAAAAUGUAGACUUGCCUGCCCAACAAAAUGUGUAUUUUCUCACA